AUGAUUCGCCUUCCAUAUUUCACAGAGUCGAUAUUGACUAGAUCCUUGGCUCGACCAAAGCUCUUGUUCGCGUGCAAAAGAGACGACGGUAACGUGUGCUUCUUUUCGUCAUCUCAGCCUCAAAAUCCGGACCAGAAGUCGUCUCCUGUAGCCGGCAAUUAUCACAUGACUUUCCACCUUGAGGGUGGUGGUUCUUGGCAACUUUAUAGUCCUCUUCAAGGAUUGGUCUAUGGGUUUAAAAUUUAUUAUGGGAUAGCUUGCUUUGAUAUUAGAUCUGAGAAGUUUGAGUUUAUCGAAAAAUAUGUCCUGAUAUCCAAGUUGGUAAACUACAUGGGUAAGUUAGCUACACUCAAAUGGGACAAUGAGUUUGAUGUGAUUUCUGGAAGAACUAAGAAUUUGGAGUUGUGCGUUCUUGAAGAUGCCAAGAAACUUGAAUGGUCGACGCGUACUUUCGUGCUGCCCGCUUCGUGGAACAAUUUAGUUGCAGAUUUCGAGGUAUGCAUUCUUGGAGUCACCAGAACAGGUGAAAUCGUCUUGUCUCAUUCAACAGACCCAUUUUUCCUUAUCUAUUACAAUCUCGACAGAAACACUCUCACAAAAGUUGAUAUCCAAGGAAUGGAUGCCUUUAAGCAUUGCAAUGUUCACACCUAUCUAGAUCAUGUAGAGGAUGUGAAGCUUGGGGGAGUGUUUAGGACAACAUAA